AUGGCAGACUCGGAGCCUCAUUCCUCAGACAAGAUCGAGCCCUCUGCGCCAACGAAAAUCCCAUUCUGGCGCUCAGUCUAUGACCAAGGUGUCGUCACGCAAGAGAUUAUCGAUUUUCCAUAUCCCGGUUCGGGAACAGAAGACGACCCUUAUGCAGUAACAUGGAUUCCCAACGACCCCCGCAAUCCUAUGAAUUACAGUAGCGUGAAGAAAUGGACUCUUACCAUGUUGGUGGCCGUUGCAACAUUGGCUGUUUCACUGGUUUCGUCGGCCUAUACCGGUGGUCUUAAAGAGAUCAUAAUGCAGUUCAAUAUCGGCCAAGAGGUUGCCACUCUUGGCGUUUCGCUUUUCGUCCUCGGUUUCGCGAUCGGACCAUUGCUCUGGGCCCCACUGAGUGAGCUGUUCGGCCGUCAAGUCCUGUUCAUCGGCACCUACGCCGCCCUUACUGCUUUCAAUGCCGGUGUUGCAGGUGCUCAAAAUUCCUGGACCAUUAUCAUUCUUCGAUUCUUCGCUGGUUCCUUUGGAUCUUCGCCUUUGACCAAUGCCGGUGGUGUCAUUGCGGACCUGUUCCCCGCGCAGCAGCGUGGUACCGCCAUGAGUAUGUUCGCAGCUGCGCCUUUCCUGGGCCCUAUCAUCGGCCCCAUCGCGGGUGGAUUCAUUGGUAUGAGUGACGGUGGUUGGCGAUGGGUCAUGGGUUUCCUUGCCGCCUUUUCAGGUACUGUCUGGAUCAUUGGUGGUCUGUUGAUCCCCGAGACCUAUGCACCUGUGCUUCUCCGCCGCCGUGCGGCGAGACUCUCAAAGUUGUCGGGCCAGGUUUACCAGAGUAAGCUUGAUAUCGACCAAGGCAGACCCACUCUUAAGGAGUCCUUCAAGAUCGCACUCUCGCGUCCUUGGAUCCUUUUGUUCCGGGAGCCUAUCGUGUUCCUGCUAUCUCUCUACAUGGCUAUCAUUUACGGCACCUUAUAUAUGAUGUUCGCCGCCUUCCCUAUUGUCUACCAGCAGUCCCGUGGCUGGAACCAGGGUGUUGGUGGUCUCGCAUUCCUCGGUAUCAUGAUUGGCAUGUUGUUUGCCGUCGCCUACUCUGUCUGGGAUAACAAGCGCUAUAUCGGUGUAUCCGUCAAACACCAUGGGUUCGCACCCCCAGAGGCACGUCUCCCGCCUUGUCUCUUCGCCUCCGUUGCCAUUCCUAUCGGCUUGUUCUGGUUCGCAUGGACCAAUUACCCCUCCAUCCACUUCAUGGCCAGUAUUGCAGCUGGCGUUCCCUUCGGCUUUGGAAUGGUCCUAGUCUUCCUCAGCAUUAUGAACUACCUCAUUGACUCCUACACAAUUUUCGCCGCCUCCGUGCUAGCCGCCAACUCCGUCAUCCGUUCCCUCUUCGGUGCCGCGUUCCCUCUCUUCACCACCUACAUGUACCAGGACCUGGGUAUCCACUGGGCAUCAUCGAUUCCGGCUUUCCUGGCUCUCGCAUGCGUGCCAUUUCCAUUCUUGUUCUACAAGUACGGACCUGCGAUCCGCACCCGUUGCAAGUUCGCCGCCCAAUCCGAUGCUUUCAUGCGCAAGAUUCAGGAGCAGGUUACAGCGCCGCCUGCAGAGGAUAAAGUGGAAUACGACCGUACCGAGGCCCCCGAGCCCGAAGACUCCAUCUCCAGCGAAUCCCAAGACGGUGUUGAGGAACUCCCCGAUACGCAACGCACUCGCAGCCGUGCGCAAUCUGUCGCUUCCAACCGCACCACUGCCUCGUUGGCUCGCUCGGUUACCUACGAUGGAAACCCUUACGAUAUUGAUCGUGUCCACACUCGUGACUCCUUCAAAUAA